AAAUUUUAAAUAAAAUCUUGUAAAAAUGCCUAAGGAACAGUUCCGCGAAGCGGAUCUGAUCAAGAAAAUAUCACAUGUGCAGUUCAGCAUUAGCAGCCCCGAAGAGAUUCAACAGGAAUCCCAUUUGCGAAUUGUCUCGAAAAAUCUAUAUCAGGCCCAGAGGCAACCGGUUCCCUAUGGUGUGCUGGAUCGACGUAUGGGUGUCAGCAGUAAAGAUGCCACCUGUGACACCUGCGGUCAGGGCCUAAACGAAUGUAUUGGUCAUUUUGGUUAUUUGGAUUUGGCAUUGCCGGUAUUUCAUAUUGGCCAUUUUCGUUCUACGAUUAAUAUUCUGCAAAUGAUUUGUAAAUCCUGUUCGCAUGUUAUGCUCAAGGAGACGGAAAAGAAAAUCUAUGAGAAAAAGCUAUUAAAUCCAAAUUUUAGUUAUUUGGCCAAGAAGGCACUGCAUGGUCAAAUAUUGACUAAGGCAAAGAAGUCAACAAAAUGUCCCAAUUGUGAUGCAGUGAAUGGGGGUGUCAAAAAGGGACCGGGAUUGUUGAAAAUUCUACAUGAUCCCUAUAAGGGUAAGAAACAGGAUCCGUUGAUGAGCAAAGAUUUGGAUGAUUUAAUGCAGGCAACGGAUAAUAAUCGUGAACUAAAUCAAAUGUUGGGUAAUUAUAAUCACAUGGAGGAAUUGAAUCCCUUGACGGUAUUGGAGUUGUUCAAGAGUAUACCCAAAAGGGAUAUUCCCUUACUGGGCAUGACCAGUGAGGGGGCAAAUCCGGCAAAUUUAAUUGUUACCAGGGUGUUUGUGCCACCGGUGUGUAUUAGACCCUCUGUGGUUUCGGAGGUUAAGGCGGGAACAACCGAAGAUGAUCUGACCAUGAAACAAAGUGAAAUUCUGCUCAUCAACGAUGUAAUACAAAAACACAUGACCGGUGGUGGUAAAAUUGAAUUGAUACAAGAAGAUUGGGAUUUCCUCCAGUUGCAUGUGGCCUUGUAUUUCCACAGUGAAAUUUCCGGCAUUCCCUUAAAUAUGGCUCCCAAGAAAACCACGAGGGGUUUGGUGCAACGUCUCAAAGGCAAACAGGGUCGAUUCCGUGGCAAUCUUUCCGGUAAACGUGUUGAUUUCUCGGGCCGUACUGUCAUCUCUCCAGAUCCAAAUUUGAUGAUACAUCAAGUGGGGGUACCCGAAAGAGUCGCCAAGAUUCUUACCUACCCAGAGCGAGUUAAUCCGGCAAAUAUACAAAAAAUGAAAGAGCUUGUCAAAAAUGGUCCCAAUAUCCAUCCGGGCGCCAAUUAUGUACAACAGAGAGGAUCAACAUUUAAAAAAUACCUUGCCUAUGGUAAUCGUGACAAGGUUGCCCAUGAUCUGAAAUGUGGUGAUAUUGUAGAACGCCAUCUCUGUGAUGGUGAUAUUGUCCUCUUCAAUCGUCAACCUUCGCUACACAAAAUGUCGAUUAUGUGUCAUCAGGCCAAGGUACAACCACAGCGGACAUUCCGUUUUAAUGAAUGCGCCUGUACGCCAUAUAAUGCAGAUUUCGAUGGUGAUGAAAUGAAUUUACAUUUACCCCAAACCGAAGAGGCUCGGGCAGAGGCUUUGAUUCUAAUGGGCAAUAAAUCGAAUUUGGUUACGCCCAAAAAUGGAGAGAUUUUAAUUGCGGCCACCCAAGAUUUUAUAACGGGAGGAUAUUUGCUGACGCAGAAAGAUGAAUUUCUGACCAAGGAACAGGCAAUGCAAUUGGUGGCAUGUUUCUUGGCCGGACCCGAUGCCAAUAUGCAAAUUGAUAUGCCACCCCCAGCCAUUAUGAAGCCGCGAAGACUUUGGACGGGGAAACAGAUUUUCAGUUUACUUCUCAAACCCAACAAACAAUGUCCGGUUAAUGUUAAUCUCAUAACCAAGGGUAGGAAUUAUACCAGCAAUUAUGAUUUGUGUGCCAAGGAUUCAUGGGUCAUCAUACGCAAUUCGGAAUUGUUGUGUGGUUCCAUGGAUAAAAGUACCAUGGGUUCGGGUACUAAAAAUUGUGUUUUCUAUGUCAUACUCAGAGACUUUGGUGAAACAUUUGCUACCAAAUGCAUGUGGCGUCUGGCCAGGAUUGCUUCAUAUUUCAUACAAAAUCGUGGUUUUUCAUUCGGCAUCAGCGAUGUUACGCCAAGUGCCCGACUUUUAGAAGAGAAACUACGCCUGCUGGAAAAGGGUUAUGCCAAAUGUGAUGAAUAUAUUUUGGAAAUGAAAAAGGGUACACUGCAAUGUCAACCGGGUUGUACCCCGGAACAAACACUCGAAGCAGUUAUGUUGCGGGAGUUGUCCAGUAUUCGUGAACAGGCAGCCAAGGCCUGUUUCCGUGAACUUCAUCCAACAAAUAGUGCCUUGAUUAUGGCCCUGUCCGGCUCCAAAGGUUCCAAUAUUAAUAUUUCACAAAUGAUUGCCUGUGUCGGCCAGCAGGCCAUUAAUGGUAAACGAGUGCCGAAUGGUUUUGAAAAUCGUGCUCUGCCACAUUUUGAAAAGUUCUCUGCCAUACCCGCCGCCAGAGGUUUUGUACAAAAUAGUUUCUAUUCGGGAUUAACACCCACAGAGUUUUUCUUCCACACCAUGGCCGGCAGAGAAGGUUUGGUAGAUACGGCUGUAAAAACUGCCGAAACGGGUUAUCUGCAAAGACGUUUGGUCAAGUGCCUGGAAGAUCUGGUGGUCCACUAUGAUGGUUCGGUACGCAAUGCAAUUGGUGAAAUUGUUGAACUGAUCUAUGGUGGUGAUGGUUUGGAUCCUGUUUUCAUGGAGGUCAAAAAUAAACCCGUGGACAUGGUACGCCAAUUAAAUCACUUGAGGGCCUGUUGCCCCUAUCGCAAUGAGGAGCCCAUAGCGGCUGAGAAAAUUAUGGAAACCACAAAAAAUAUUUUACAAGAAGAGGAAUUCACCAUGAGCCGUAAAGAUUUUCAAAAUGAAAUUAUCUCCUUUAUCGGAAAGGUAGCGGAAAAAAUUGCCAAGGUCCAAGAGAAAUAUAAAGAUCAUCCGCAACUAGGUCAUGAAGUGGAGCGAUUGACCGAAGGUCAAAUACGCACCUUUAUGCGUUGGGUCAAUGAUAAAUAUAAUCGCGCUGUGACCGAACCCGGCACUGCUGUUGGAGCUGUGGCCGCCCAAAGUAUUGGUGAACCUGGCACCCAAAUGACAUUGAAAACUUUCCAUUUUGCUGGUGUUGCCUCCAUGAACAUUACCCAAGGUGUACCACGUAUUGUGGAAAUUAUCAAUGCCACCAAGACCAUAUCAACCCCGAUUAUUACCGCCGAAAUUGUCAAUAACACCAGUAUGGAAUUUGCCCGCAAGGUUAAGUCACGCAUUGAAAAGACAACCCUGGGAGAGAUUUCUUCCUACAUUGAAGAGGUCUACAAGCUGGAUGAUUGUUAUUUGGUUAUUAAUUUGGAUUUGAAUCGUAUCAAGGUGUUGGGUUUGGAAAUCAAUGCGGAGACCAUUCGAUAUUCGAUUUGUACCUCAAAACUGCGCAUCAAACCAGCCUUGGUGGAUAUAAUGGGUUCCUCAAUUAUCAUAGUACGCAUUGAUAGUUCCAAACAUGGUGCCGCCCUGAAUGCUGAACUCCAACGUCUAUCGUCAGCCAUACAAAAUGUUGUGGUAGCUGGUCUACCACACAUUUCCCGAGCUGUCAUAGCCAUUGAUGAUUCCAGACAACCGGCCACCUACAAACUGUGCAUCGAAGGUGCUGGCUUGCGCGAUGUUAUGGCCACUUAUGGUGUUGUGGGUACCAAAACUAAAUCAAAUAAUAUUUGGGAAGUCUAUAAUACGCUGGGUAUUGAGGCGGCACGCACCACAAUUAUGACUGAAAUUACCGAUGUUAUGGAAGGUCACGGCAUGAGUGUUGAUCAUCGUCACAUAAUGUUGUUGGCCAGUCAGAUGACAUCACGCGGUGAAGUGUUGGGUAUUACACGUCACGGUUUGGCGAAAAUGCGUGAAAGUGUUUUCAAUUUGGCAUCGUUCGAAAAAACCUCCGAUCAUUUAUUCGAUGCUGCCUAUUUUGGUCAAACCGAUGCUGUAGAUGGUGUUUCGGAACGUAUCAUUUUGGGAAUGCCGGCCUCCAUUGGUACGGGUCUUUUCAAAUUGGUACACAAUCAUCAAGACACAGAAUUACCCGAAAUUCAGCCACCCAUAUUUUCAUCGGCGGCAGCGUGAU